AUGGAAAAAUUUCUUAAUAUUAAGAGUACAACCAAGCGUUUAAAUGAAGACAACAAUAAAGAAGAAAAUAAACGUAAGUUCAGAAAAUACGAUGAUAGUUAUUUAGACUUUGGUUUUACUUACAUUAAAAUAGACAACGAAGAACGUCCGAAAUGUGUUAUUUGUUUAAAAGUAUUAGCUGCCGAUAGUAUGAUUCCAAAUAAAUUAAAGCGUCAUUUUGAAACUAAUCAUGGAUCGUUAAUUAAUAAAAAACGUGAUUAUUUUGUAAGGCAACGUGAACAAUUAGAAAAACAAUCAACCAGUUUUAUUAAACAGACAAGUGUUCCAACCAAAGCACUUUUAGCUUCUUAUAAGGUAGCAUUUCGUGUUGCUCAGAGUAAAAAACCUCAUACAAUUGCUGAAGAACUCAUUUUACCAUCAGCAAUUGAUAUGGUUUCUACUAUGAUCGGGGAAUCUGCUGCAAACCAACUUAAAAAUAUUCCCUUGUCUAAUAAUACAAUAAAUGGGGCUCGAGCUAUGGCUGGUCAUUAUGGUGGACUUCAGGCUUUAAUACGAAAAAAAGCUCCAGAAAUGAUAUGGACUCAUUGUAUUAUUCAUCGAGAAUCUUUAGCAUCACAAAAUAUGUGUCCAUCGUUAAAUACCGUACUUCAAACAGUUAUAAAAGUAGUAAACUACAUAAAAACAAGGCCUGUUAAAGCAAGGUUCUUUAAAAAAAUAUGUGAAGAAAUGGGAGCAGAGCAUACUGCGUUACUGUUUUAUUGUAAUUCUAGAUGGCUAUCAAAAGGAAACGUACUAAUACGAGUGUUCGAACUUAGACAAGAACUUUACACUUAUUUGAGUAAAGAAACUAAUAUUCUGCAAUUAUAUGAUAAAGUGGUUGCUUUUAUUAAAAAAAUCGAGUUAUGGCAAAGGAAACUAACCGAAGAAAACGGUAAAACCACGUGUUUUUCAUUUUUAAAAAGUUUUCUUGAAGAUAAUGAUCUUGAAUUACCAAUGAGCUCACUAAACAUAAUUUCUGAUCAUCUGAUGACUCUUAAAAAUCAUUUCGAGAAAUAUUUUCCAGAAGACAUCGUACAAUACAAUUGGAUUAAAGAUCCAUUUAGUGAAAACCCUUUACCAAAUUUCACAACUACUGAAGAAGAACAAUUUAUCGAUAUUUCAUCUGAUUCUUCGUUACGAAUGAAAUUUUCUUCAUUUUCACUUUUAGAAUUUUGGAGCAGCAUUAAAGAUGAAUAUUCUGAAAUAUCCAACAAAGCUUUGCGUGUACUACUACCAUUUGCGACAUCGUAUUUAUGCGAAGCAGGCUUUUCUGCAGUUGCUGUAUUGAAAUCAAAAUAUCGAUCAAAACUUAAUAUUGAAAAAGAAAUGCGUGUGGCUGUCACAACAUUGCUACCUAAUUUUGAAGAAUUAUUAAACAGAAAACAAGCACAUUGUUCACAUUAA